AUGUUGCGUCCUAUUGGCCAGUACUGCAGCUGGGGGCGGACCUUCUCCCAACAGCUGUGGAGGAUGAGCCGCAGUCCUUCUGCUAGCUCCGAAAGUUCAAAGCUCACAGAGGAGAGCUCCGCUGAGAGCAGCGACCCCGGCGAAGGCCCGAGUCACUACUACAGCAGCAGCUGCCCCAGAGACCGAGAGGAGGAAGAGGAGGAGGAGGAAGACUCCAGUGAGGAUGACUACCUCUGA